AACUGGUAAGAGCGAUCUCCCCGCCAGGUCCUGUGUGUUGCCAGCUGAAGAAGGGUAGCUGAAAAAUUCAGACCCAGCACAGUGUUUGUGUUGGUCAAAAAUAGAAAACUAUGUCUUGCGCGGCCGAGGCGGGAGGACCCUUCAGGCCAAGAGCAGCCUAGCAACAUGGCGCAACCCCAUCUCUGUACUCCUACCUCAGCCCCCCAGCCCUCAAGUAUGAACCCAACGGUUCAAGGCUCCAGUGAGCUAUGAUCCCACCACAGCAUUCCAGCCUGCGAGAUUGAGAUGAUGAUUAUUCCCCACCUUCUAAGACACAAAGACCAACGAGCCACCACAGCCACCAGUCCCAGAACCCGCCAAUGCUGGGGAACGGAAAAUGAGGGAGUUCAACUCUGGCCCUCACAAUCCAGUGGAGGAGACGAAACUCAUCUGCCUCUGUCCUUCUGGGCACGCCUCAUGCCAGGUGCAUCUGUGGACAGGGGUCAUGCUCCUGGGCUUCCAAAGUUGGAGAAAGCUGCCAGGCUCAGAAACAGGACCUUGCCCUGUCACUCAGGAUGGAGUUCAGUGGUCCUAUCAUGGCUCAUUAUAGCCUCAAACUCCCAGGCUCAAGCAAUCCUACCAUGUCAGCCUUCCCAGUAGCUGGGACUACAGGUCUCACACUGUCACCCAGGCUGGAGUACAGUGGCACAACCUCUGUUCACUGCAGCCUCCACCUGCCAGGCUCAAGCAAUCCUCCUGCCUCAGCCUCCCGAGUAGCUGGGAUUACAGGAAGUGAGCUCACAAUGACUCAAGCUGCCACAUACUGUUGAUUGUGAAAUGCCAGUUGAAGCAUAUGUCCUGCGAGCUUAGGGGUGCUACAGGUUGACCACUGCAGCAGUAAAGAUGACUCUGAAGAAUGGCGUGGGAUGGAUCCUUUCAAAUGCAGUUGAGCAGCGGUCUCCAACCACAGGGCCACAGAGCUGGAGGUGAGCAGCAGGCGAGUGAAGGGAAACUUCAUCUGUAUUUCUAGCCCCUCCCAUCGCUUGCAUGACCACCUGAGCUCCAUGUCCUGUCAGAUCAGCAGCAGCGUUAGAUUCUCAUAGGAGCACAAACUCUGUUGUGAAGUGUGCAUGCGAGGGAUCUAGGUUGUGUACUCCUUAUGAGAAUCUAAUGCCUGAUAUUCUGUUACUGUCUCCCAUCACCCCAGAUGGACAGUCUAGUUGCAGGAAAACAAGCUCAGAGAUCCCACUGAGUCUACGUUAUAGUUGUAGAAUCAUUUCAUUAUAUAUUACUAUGUAGUAAUAAUAGAAAUAAAGUGCACAAUAUAUGUAAUGCACUUGAAUCAUCCUGAAAUUAUUCCCUCACUCCCAGUCUGUGGAAAAAUUGUCUUCCACACAUUCACUCUGUUUUUUGGUAGAGGCAGGGUCUUAAUAUAUUGCCCAGGCUGAUCUCAAACUCCUGGCCUCAAGUAAUACACCUCUCUCAGCCUCCCAAAGUGCUGAGAUUACAGGCAUAAGCCACCACCCUCAACCAAGACUUUCUUAAACCAAAUAAAAACUAAGUGAGAUUACUUGAGCCCAGGUGGUCAAGGCUGCAGUGAGCCUGAUUGCACCACUGCACUCCAGCCUAGGUGACAGAAAGAGACUGUCUCAAAAAAUAAAAUAAAAUAUAAAUUAACCCUUUAUGACAUUCCCAGUAACUUCCUAAGUGUUCCCCACAAGUCUUUGAAUUCUGUUUAAUUUUCACAUAACAUUUAAGACAUUUAAGACCUUAUGUCUGUCUGUGUCAUCCCUUUAUGUCAAAAGAUGUCUUUUUGUCACUUCCAGCUGGAUCUACAAUGAAGGACUUCUGAAUCCAGGAAGAGAGACUGACUGGGCAGCAUGUUAUUCAGGUACAAAAAGAUUUGGACUGUAACUUAAAAAUGAUCAAAUAAUAGUGCAUGCAUCAAGUGCAGUGGGAAGCUCUUCUGGAGAGUGAGAGAAGCUUCCAGUUAAGGUGACAUUGAAGCCAAGUCCUGAAAGAUGAGGAAGAGUUGUAUGAGAGUGGGGAGGGAAGGGGGAGGUGGAGGGAUGGGGAAUGCGCGGGGAUGGGAUAGCGCAAACUGCCUGGGAAGGGAAACCAGCACUGUACAGACCUGAACAACGAAGAUGGCAUAUUUUGUUCAGGGAAUGGUGAAUUAAGUAUGGCAGGAAUGCUUUGUAGACACAGUAAUUUGCUUGUAUGGAAUUUUGCCUGAGAGACCUCAUUGCAGUUUCUGAUUUUUUGAUGUCUUCAUCCAUCACUGUCCUUGUCAAAUAGUUUGGAACAGGUAUAAUGAUCACAAUAACCCCAAGCAUAAUAUUUCAUUAAUUCUCACAGAAUCACAGGUAGGUGCCACAGUUAUCCCCAUUUUAUGAAUGGAGUCAUGAAGCCUUAGGAAUAAUGAAUGAUUUGCCCAAGCUCACCUGGAUAUUAAGACUGAGUCAAAUGUUGGGUUUGGUCUGACUUUAAUGUUUGCUUUGUUCAUGAGCACCACAUAUUGCCUCUCCUAUGCAGUUAAGCAGGUAGGUGACAGAAAAGCCCAUGUUUGUCUCUACUCACACACUUCUGACUGAAUGUAUGUAUGGAGUUUCUACACCAAAUUCUUCAGUGCUCUGGAUAUUAACUGGGUAUCCCAUGACUUUAUUCUGACACUACCUGGAGUUAGCACAGACCCCACAAGUUAGGGGCUCAGUCCCACGAGGCCAUCCUCACUUCAGAUGCCAAUGGCAAGUCCUAAGUUGUCACCAUACUUUUGACCAACCUGUUACCAAUCAGGGGUUACCAUAACUGUCUUCUUGGGUUUAAUAAUUUGCUAGAACAGUUUACGGAACUCAGAAAAACAGUUUAUUUUCUUUUUUUCUGAGAGAGAGGGUCUUAUUUUGUUGCCCAGGCUGGUGUGCAAUGGUGCAGUGAUAGCUCAUUACAGCCUUGAUUGUCUGGGUUCCAGUGGUUCUCCCACCUCAGCCUCCCUAGUAGUUGAGACUACAUGCCUGCACCACCACAUCUGGCUAGUUUCUUUUAUUUUUUGUAUAGAUGGGGUCUUGUUGUGUUGGCCAGGCUGGCCACAAAUUCCUGGUCUCAAGUGAUCCUCCCACCUCAGCCUCUGAAAGUGCUGGGAUUACAGAUGUGAGCCACCACAUCUGGCCAGUUCAUUUCCUAUUACUGGUUCAUUGUGAAGGAUACAUCUCAGAAACAGUCAAUGAAAGAGACGUGCAUGCUGGAUGCAGUGGCUCAUGCCUGUAACCUCAGCACUUUGGGAGGCCAAGGUGGGAGGAUCGCUUAAACUCAGGAGUUUGAGACCAGCCUGGGCAACAUGGUGAAAACCUGUCUCUAUAAAAAAUUAAAAAAUAAUAAUAAUAAUCGGUGUGGUGUUGUGCACCUAGAGUUCCAACUACUAGGGAAGCUGAGUUGAGAGGAUACCUUGAGCUGGGGACUGGGGAGGCUUAGGUUACAGUAAGCUGAGAUUGUGCCACUGCACUCCAGCUUGGACAAAAGAGCCUGAUCCUGUCUCAAAAAAAAGAAAGAUACCCAGGGCAAGUUAAGUUCGGAGGGGCACAGAGCUCCCAUGCCCUCUGUUGAACAUGCGACCCUCCCAGCAUCUCCUGUGUCCAGCAACCCUGAAAGCUCUGCAUACCCCGUUCAGGGUGUUUAUGGAGGCUUUAUUAUGCAAGCAUGAUUGAUAAAAUCUUUGGCUGUUGGUGAUUAAGUCAGUCUCCAGCCACUCUUCCCCCUGGAGUUCAGUGCAUGAGGCUGAAAGUUCCAAGCCUCUUACCAUGUGGUUGCAUGGUAAUCAGCCCUCCUCUUGAAGAAAUUUAGGAGCUUGCAGUCACCCAGUCAUCUCAACAACAUCCCCAAAUGCAUUCUUACCAUGCUGGAGAUCCCAAAGUUCUUAGAGGCUCUUGUGUUAGAAACCUGGGACCAAGACCAAAUAUUAAAACAAAAGAUGUUCCUGUCACAUCUAUCACUGAGGUCUUUGUAAGAGCUUUAGAAGCUCUGUGCCAGGAACCAGGGACAGAGAUUAAAUAUAUAUUUCUUUUUUUUUUUUUGAGACAGAAUCUCCCUGUGUCAUCCAGGCUGGAGUGCAGUGAUGUGAUCAUAGCUCACUAUAGCUUUGGCCUUCUGAGAUCAAGCAAUCCUCCCAUCUCAACCUCCCAAGUAGCUAGGACUACACAUGCAUGUCACCCAUGCCCAGCUCAUUUUUGUAGAGUCAGAGUUUCACCAUGGUGGCCAGGUUGGCCAGGUUGGCCAUGUUGGCCAGAUGGGGUCUUCUUUUGUUGCCCAGGCUGGCCACAAAUUCCUGGGCUCAAGUGAUCCUCCCACCUCGUCCUUGUAGAGAUGAGAUUUAGUUAUGUUGUCCAGGCUGAUCUCAAACUCCUGGGCUAAAUCGAUUGUCUCACCUCAGCCUCUCAAGUAGCUGGGACUACAGGCGCAUACCACCAUGUCGGGCUAAUAUUUAUUUUUAUUUUUUUCUAGAGGUGGGGGUCUCACUGUGUUUUUCGUGCUAGUUUCAAACUUCGGGCCUCAAGUGUUCCUCCUGCCUUGACCUCCCAAAGUGUUGGGAUUCUGGGUGGGAGCCACCAUGCCCAGCAAUCACAAGGAUCUUUAUAAAGAAAAGAGAGUAGGAGACUCAGAAUUGGAGCAGGAGAUGUGGUGAUGAAAGCAGAGGUAAGAGAGGGAGAUUUGAAGAUGCUUCACCUCUGGCUUUGAAGAUGGAGUCAGGGGCCAUAAUCCAAGGAAUGGGGGUGGCUUCUAGAAGCUGGAAAAGCCAAGGGAACAUAUUAGAGUCUCCAGAAGGAAUGCAGCCCUGCUGACACCUUGACUUUAGCCUUAAUAGACCUAGUUUGGAUUUCUGGCCCCCAGAACUGUAAGAUGGUAGAUUUGUGGUGCUUUAAGCCACUAAAUGUAGGAAACUGCAAACUAUGUUGCAGCAGCAAGAAGAAAUGAACAUGAAGCCAGGCAUGAUGGCUCAUGCCGGUAAUCCCAGCACUUUAGGAAUUUAGGCAGGAGGAUCACUUGAGGCCAGGAGUUCAAGACCAGUCUGGGCAACAUAGUAAGACCUUGUCUCUACAAAAAAUGAAAAAAUUGGCCAGUCGUGGUGGCUCACGCCUGUAAUUCCAGCACUUUGGGAGGCUGAAGCGGGCAGAUUACCUGAGGUCAGGAGUUCGAGACCAGCCUGGCCAACAUUGUGAAACCCCGGCUCUACUAAAAAUACAAAAAUUAGCUGGGCGUGGUGGCACGCACCUGUAAUCCCAGCUACUUGGAAGGCUGAGGCAGGAGAAUCACUUGAAUCUGGGAGGUGGAGGUUGCAGUGAGCUGGGAUCGCACCGUUACACUACAGCCUGGGCAAGAAGAGUGAAACUCUGUCUCAAAAUAAAAUAAAAUACUAAAAAAUUUAGCCAGGCAUGGUGGCAUGAACCUGGAGUCCCAGCUACUCGGGAGGCUGAGGUGGGAGGAUCGCUUGAGCCUGGAAAUUUGAGGUUGCAGUGAGCUGUGAUUUCGCCACUGCACUCCAGCCUUGGUGACGGUGAGAUCUUGAAAAAAAGAAAGAAGAAAGUAAAGAAAGAAGAAAUGAGCAUGGUGGGCAUGGGGACAGAUGGCAAUGUUAAGUAGAAUGGUCAGGGGUGGCCUCGUAAGUGAAAAUUGAGUAAAGGCUUGAAGGAGGGGAAGGAGGUGGCCAAGGUGCUGAGGGAAGAGGAUUGUAGGCAGAAACAAUAGAAUAAAGUGUCUGAGGUGUGUCUGAGGCUCUGGAAGGAGGCCUAUGGAGCAGAUGGAGAGAGGGAGAGAAUUAGGGGAGGGAGCCAGGGAGUUGCUGGGUGGGGAUCAGUAGAGAUCACAUAAGCCCUGGGAGGUUAUUGCUGGGGUUUUGGCUUUUACUCUGACUCAGAUGGAAACUGCGGGAGGGUUCUGAGCAGAGAGCCGACAUGAUCUGUCUCCCAAUUUAAAAGCAUUCUCUGGCUGCUGAGUUGAGAAAGACUGUGGGAAGAUGUGAUAGAAGCAUGGGGGCCAAGCUUUGGCAACAUCCAGGCGGGAGAUGAUGGUGGUCCUGACCAGGGUCAUGGUGGUGUUGAGAGAUGGUCAGAGGGGAGAAGUAGGGGAGGAGGCCAGGGAGUUGCUGGGUGGGGAUCUUUAGUACAUGUCGAAGACAGUCAACAGGAUUUCCUGACAGACUGGAUAUGGGGUGUGAGAGAAGGCAGGGGUCAAGGUUGAGUUUGAUUGUUACAGAAAUUAUUAAGUAAUUUUAAAAAACACUACUGCCUUUCCCAAUCCUACCAAGUAUGGGAUGCUAGAUUAAAGAAAUCUCUUCAGGCUCAUUGCACUGGCUCAUGCCUAUAGUCCCAGCUGUUUGGUAAGCAGAGGUGUGAGUAUCUUUUAAGGGCAGGUGUUCAAGACCAGCCUGGACAACACAGCAAGAUCUGCUCUUUACAAAAAUAUUUUUCAAAAUUAAAUAAAUGUAGCUAGGCAUGGUGAUGUGUACUUGUAGUUUCAGCUACUCAGGAGGCUGAAGUGGGCAGAUCUCUUGAGGUCAGGAGUUUGAGGGCAGCUUGGGCAACAGCAAGACCCCUCACUCUACAAAAAAAUUAAAAAAAUAACCAGGCAUGGUGACACUCAACUGUACUACCAGCUACUGGGGAGCUGAGGCAGGAAGAUGGCUUGAGCCCAGGAGGUCGAGGCUGCAGUGAGCUGUAAGUGCACAGCUGCACUCCAGUCUGGGUGACAGAGCAGGACCUGUCUCACAAUACAAAUAAAAAUACAAGUAAAAUAAUAUCUCAAGUCAGAGCCUUUUGGCUCUGCAGCCCUUGCAACCCCUCAGCCGUGCAGUGGGGUUUGCAUCCCUGGGAAUGAGGAGACCCCUGCCCGGUGUUGUUGCCUGAUUAAUCAGUGUUUUAAAACAUAUAUUAAUCGGGGCGGGCGCGGUGGCUCACACCUGUAAUCCCAGCAAUUAGGGAGACCCAGGCGAGUGGAUCACCUGAGGUCAAGAGUUCAAGACCAGCCUUGCCAACAUGGCGAAACUCCUUCUCUACUAAGAAAAUACAAUAAUUAGCUGGACAUGGUAGUGGGCGCCUGUAAUCCCAGCUACUUGGGAGGCUGAGGUAGGAGAAUCGCUUGAACCUGCGGGGCGGAGGUUGCAAUGAGCUGAGAUUGUGCCACUUCACUCCAGCCUGGGCGAAAGAACAAGACUUUGUCUCAAAGAAAAAAAAAAGUAUUAUAUCAACAUGUAAUGGUUUUAUUAUUAAUAUGAAAUGAAUAUUAAAUAUUUUUAAAAUCUUGUAUUAUAUCAAGAUGUAAUGGCUUUAAUAUGUGAUGAAUAAUAUUUAAAAAAUUCUGUCUUAUUUUCUAGUUUUAAUAUGAUUAUCUGCAGAAAGAAAUAGUCUUAGAGAUCUUCAAUAAAGUUAAAAAAUGUAAAGGGAUGUUAGACCCCAAAAGAUUGAGAAUUUCUAGUUUAGAAAUAUUCAGAGUAAGCCACAUACAACUUGCUACUUGAACUAUUUUUUUCUUUGCUUUUUAUUUUAGGAGACGGGGUCUCACCCUGUCACCUAGGCUUGAGUACAGUAGUGCUAUCACAGCUCACUGCAGCCUUGAACUCCUGGACUAAGGAUCCUCCUACCUGAGCCUCCUGAGUAGCUAGGACUGGUCUCCCUCUGUUGUCCAAGGCUGGAGUGUAGUAGUGCUAUCGCAGCUGACCGCAGCCUCAACCUUCCAGGCUGAAGCGAUCCUCCCAUCUCAACCUCCCACGUGGCUGAGACUACAGGUGCUUGCCACUAUGCCCAACUAAUAUUUGGAAUUUUCGUAUACGUGGAUUCCAGAGGGGUGACAGCGAAACGUGGGACCAUCCAGUUGCAGGAAAACAAGCUUAACACGCCCACUGAUUCUACAUUAUGCUCCUACCUCCCGGCAGCCUCUCCAGGCCCAGAACUUUCUCCAGUCAGCCUCUACAGACCAAGCUCAUGACUCACAGUGGCCUAUUUAGGCCCAUACCCUACCUCACGGCAGUCUCCACAGAUGAGGCUACUGCCUCACAACAGCCUCCACAGGCACAGCUCCAUCCUUACAAUGGCCUCUUUAGACCCAGCUCCUGCCUCCCAGCCUUCUCUCCAGGCCCUGAGCUUUCUCAAGUCGACCUCACCAGGCCCAGCUCAUGCUUCUUUGCAGCCUCUCCAGGCGCAGCUCCUGCAUCUUGGUGGCCCCUCCAGGCCCAGCCUCUGCCUCCCAUUGGCCUCUACAGUCCCAACAUCUGCCUCACAGCAGAUUCUUCAGGCCCAGCAUCUGCCUCACUGUGGACCCCCCAAGCCAAGCUCCCAACCUUUCAGCAGCUUCUACACACCCAGCUCCUGCCACCCAGUGGCCUGUUUAGGCCAAGCUCAUGCUUCACAAGGGCCUUUCCAGGCCCAACUUUUAUCUCAUGGCAACCUUCCCUGGCCAGAUUCCUGCCUGUCUCCCAGCAGCCUAGACGGGCCCAGGUCUUGCCUCACACUGGCCUCUCUACAUCCAGCUCAUGCCUCACGGUGGCCUCUCCAGGCCCAACUCCUGUCCCAGAACGUCAUCUCCGGGCCCAAAACUUACUCAAGUCAGACUCUCUAGUCCCAACUGCUGCCUCCUGGUGGCCUAUGAAGGCCCAAAAUCUCCUCAAGUUGACCUCUCCAGGCCCAGCUCCUGCCUCGCAAUUGCCUUUGUAGGCCAAGAU